GCAAACUUAGAGCCGGGGACGCAAGCGACGCAAGCGGAAGCGGAAGUAGUUUGCUGCCUCCAUGUGCUGCUCCAAAAGUGUUGAAAACGGCAAUGGGUGGUGUUGAGUCGUGUUGGGAAAAGUGUAGAGUGUGAUCACUACGACUGAGUGACACUCUCGAUCUACCAUGGGCAAGAAGGGCAAAGUCGGGAAGAGCCGGCGAGACAAGUUCUAUCACUUAGCGAAGGAGACAGGUUAUCGUUCCCGCUCUGCUUUCAAACUGAUUCAGCUGAAUCGCCGCUUUCAGUUCCUGCAGAAAGCCAGAGCCUUGCUGGACCUGUGUGCUGCGCCAGGGGGAUGGCUGCAGGUGGCUGCCAAGUUUAUGCCUGUAUCCAGCCUUAUUGUGGGUGUGGACUUGGUUCCAAUCAAACCUAUUCCCAAUGUGGUAACACUCCAGGAGGACAUCACAACAGAACGCUGUAGGCAGGCCUUGAAGAAGGAGCUGAAGACCUGGAAAGUUGAUGUUGUGCUCAACGAUGGGGCCCCCAACGUUGGGGCUAGCUGGGUCCAUGAUGCUUACUCACAAGCCCAUUUGACACUGAUGGCUCUGCGUCUGGCUUGUGAUUUUCUGGCCCGUGGAGGCUGCUUCAUCACAAAGGUUUUCCGUUCCCGUGACUAUCAGCCCCUACUAUGGAUCUUUCAGCAGCUGUUUCGCCAUGUCCAGGCCACCAAGCCCCAAGCCUCUCGCCAUGAGUCUGCAGAAAUCUUUGUAGUCUGCCAGGGGUUCCUGGCUCCUGACAAGGUUGACAAUAAGUUUUUUGACCCCAAAUUUGCCUUCAAGGAGGUCGAAGUCCAGGCCAAGACUGUUACUGAAUUGGUGACUAAGAAGAAACCAAAGGCUGAAGGCUAUGCCGAGGGCGACCUCACUCUCUAUCACCGCACCUCAGUCACUGACUUCCUCCGAGCUGCCAACCCUGUUGACUUCCUCUCCAAAGCCAGUGAAAUCUCGUUAGAUGAUGAAGAGUUGGCACAGCAUCCAGCUACCACUGAGGAUAUACGAAUGAGCUGUCAGGAUAUCAAAGUGCUGGGGCGCAAGGAGCUUAGGUCUCUACUGAACUGGAGAACAAAGCUUCGGCGACAUGUGGCCAAGAAGCUAAAGGAGCAAGCAAAGGCACUGGAUAUCAGCCUCAGCUCGGGAGAGGAAGAGGAAGAAGGUGAGGAGGAGUCGACAGCUGGGACCAUGAGGCAGCCCUCUGAGGAGGAGGAAGAGGAAGAACAACUGAAUCGGACCCUGGCAGAGAUGAAGGCCCAGGAGGUGGCAGAAUUAAAGAGAAAGAAAAAGAAGCUGCUGCGUGAGCAGAGAAAGCAGCGGGAGCGUGUGGAGCUAAAGAUGGAUCUUCCUGGAGUUUCUAUCGCAGAUGAAGGGGAGACUGGCAUGUUCUCCCUGCGCACCAUCCGAGGUCACCAGUUGUUAAAGGAGGUAACACAAGGGGACAUGAGUGCUGCAGACACGUUUCUGUCCGAUCUGCCAAGAGAUGACAUCUAUGUAUCGGAUACUGAGGAUGAUGAUGACGCAUCUCUGGACAGUGACCUAGAUCCAGAGGAGCUGGCAGGAGUCAGAGGACCUCAGAGUCUAAAGGACCAAAGGCGGGUACGAUUUGUAGACGAUAAAAAAGAGGAGGAGGAAGAGGAGAAUCCACUGCUAGUACCUCUGGAGGAAAAGGCGGUCCUGCAGGAAGAACAAGCCAACCUGUGGUUCUCAAAGGACAGCUUCAGUGGGAUUGAAGAUGAUGCUGAUGAGGCCCUGGAGAUCAGUCAGGCCCAGCUGUUGAACGAGACCCGUCGGAAGGGGCAGCCUCAACCGCCUCAACCACCACCACCACCACCACCACCACCACCACCAGCUUCCAGUUUGAAGACUGAGAGAAAACCUCCCCGGUGCCAGGAUGAGGCCCCUAAAGAGGCAGAGACUCCAUCGGGGACAGAGGCUGCCACUGGCCCUGGGGUGGAAGAAAGAGAUGACAGCUCAGACAGUGACAGCAGCAGCAGCGAGGAUGAAGAGAGUCGGGAACCACGCCACCGUAAGAAGAGAAGCCGUGGGCUUAAGUCAGAUGAUGAUGGGUUUGAAAUAGUGCCUAUCGAGGACCCGGUGAAACAUCGGAUACUGGACCCUGAAGGCCUUGCUUUAGGUGCUAUUAUCGCCUCUUCCAAAAAGGCCAAGCGAGACCUCAUAGACAACUCCUUCAGCCGGUAUACAUUUAAUGAGGAUGAGGGGGAGCUUCCAGACUGGUUUGUGCAGGAGGAAAAGCAGCACAGGAUACGGCAAUUGCCUAUUGACAAGAAGGAGGUGGAGCAUUACCGGAAACGCUGGCGGGAAAUCAACGCGCGGCCCAUCAAGAAAGUGGCUGAGGCUAAAGCCAGAAAGAAACGGAGGAUGCUGAAGAAGCUGGAGCAAACCAAAAAGAAGGCAGAAGCUGUGGUGAACACGGUGGACAUCUCAGAACGAGAGAAAGUGGCACAACUUCGAAGUCUCUACAGAAAGGCUGGGCUGGGCAAGGAGAAACGCCAAGUCACCUAUGUUGUAGCCAAAAAAGGUGUGGGCCGCAAAGUGCGCCGGCCAGCUGGAGUCAGAGGUCACUUCAAGGUGGUAGACUCAAGGAUGAAGAAGGACCAAAGAGCGCAGCAACGAAAGGAGCAGAAGAAAAAAAGCAGGCGGAAGUGAGCAGAGCCACCGGGGCCUCUGAGCAGGCGGCGAAUGGACAAUCUGGCCUCCAUGGUACCAGCCCUACCCUUACUUGCAUUGCAGUCACUUGAGAAGACAGUGAGGUGGGGACCUAGAGCGCUCAUGGUGGUCCCUAGCGGUGAGGAGAUCCUUUGCCUGAAGGUCUCCUGUCAAAGCACUGCUGCAAUGUCGUGUCAGUGCUGUAACACCCCCAACCCUUCCAUGAAGAAUGAGGGGUACUAGAUGAAAGGUUAUACCUUUUUAAAUCAUGAGGGGAGGUUCAGUGUUGAGGUGGCAUUCAUUUUAGUCUGUUCCUGGGUAAAAAGGCCUCUAGUCUUCCAUCUUCUUUUGAAUAAAACCAUGGUGACAGAUGUCCUUUCUAACAGUUCAGUUCCCAUUAAGUGGUAACUCCUGUGCUACACUGUUCUAAGUUAUAUUUAACGUAUACUGACUCAUGAAGUAGAAAUGACAAACAAUCCAUAGGUCCCAGUAGUAAAACAUUUACUAGAGCAAGCAGAAAGGAAUGAACAUCUUAAAGAAACCGUCACAAAGUCACAAAAUUCAAAGUAUGUAUAUUUCUUUUAUAAACAAGAUCGAACAAAAAUCAUCAAAAUCAUUUCAGCAAAAGAUUUUUCUACCAUUGUGCCAAGUUAAAAAAAAAAAUACAAUAAAAUAGACAGUUAAAAGCU